CGUCAGACGUCAGCAGUAGAUAUCUGUGACCGUAUGGUAGCAUAUCCUCGUACGCAAUGUGCUAUCAGUGUUACGUCAAUUGAUAUAUUGAAACAUUGAAGCAUAUAUUGAAAUAAAUAAAUUAUGGAAUCCAAUUAUUUUCAAAAUAUCGUGAAUGUAGAAUACAAUCGGAAAUGUGAUAAAAGAAUUGACUAUGGAACAGCUGGCUUUAGAACAAAGUCGGAUAUUCUGGAACAUGUUUUAUAUAGAAUGGGUCUUUUAGCAGUUUUAAGAUCAAAAGCAAAAAGAGCUGCCAUAGGUUUAAUGAUUACAGCAAGUCAUAACUUGGAACCUGAUAAUGGUAUCAAGCUCAUUGAUCCUGCUGGUGAGAUGCUUGAAGCUUCUUGGGAAACUAUAGCGACAAAUUUAGCUAAUAUACAAGAUAGUGAUUUGAUAUCAACAUUAAUACAUAUAUCUACAAAAGAAAAUAUAGACUUAUCAGCACCAGCCAUGGUGAUAACAGGAAGAGAUACUCGUAAAAGCAGUCCUAUCUUAUUAAAUGCUGCAAGAGCAGGGAUCAGAGCUUUGAAUGGUAAUAUUACAGAUUUAGGAUUAGUCACAACUCCACAACUACAUUAUGUCGUAGUAUGCACAAACACUAAUGGUGCUUAUGGCAAUCCCACACUACAAGGAUAUUAUUCAAAACUCGCAACAGUAUUCAAAAGCAUAAGAGGUACUAAGAAAAAUAAUAAAAAAUAUGAAAGUAUAUUACAACUAGAUGCUGCAAAUGGUGUCGGUGCUAUUGCAGUAAAAGAAUUUCAAAGGUAUUUAGAGAGUGCGCUGGAUAUUAAUCUAUUUAAUGAUGGAAGUGGAGGGUUGAACCACAUGUGCGGCGCAGAUUAUGUCAAAGUACAACAAACUAUGCCUUUAAAUGUCCCUUCUAAAACAAAUGUCAGAUGCGUCAGUAUAGAUGGGGAUGCCGAUAGAGUGGUGUAUUUUUAUGUAGACGAAAAUAACAAAUUUCAUCUUUUGGAUGGAGAUCGAAUAGCGACGCUAGUGGCAGCUUAUUUCAAGAAACUAUUAAUGACUAGCGGUUUAUCUUUACAAUUGGGCUUAGUGCAAACCGCAUAUGCCAACGGUGGUUCAACCGAUUACAUUUCGAAAGUAUUAGAAGUACCAGUUGCGUGCGUGCCAACCGGCGUAAAGCAUUUACACAAGAAAGCACUGGAAUUCGAUAUUGGAGUCUAUUUCGAAGCAAAUGGGCACGGAACCGUAAUCUUCAAAGAUACUGCUAAAGAAAUUAUUAAGAAUCAUGCUAAGAACGAAAGACUGUCGGAAAUACAAAAAGCGGCUACUACAAAGCUGAAAGACGUAAUUGAUUUGAUAAAUGAAACGGUCGGCGAUGCGUUAAGCGAUAUGUUGUUAGUCGAGACUAUAUUACAUUCCAAAGGCUGGGACAUUGUCGAUUGGGAAAGGAGUUACAAUGAUUUACCGAAUAAGCAACUUAAAGUCAGUGUGAGAGACAGAAAUAUUAUAACAACAACAAACGCGGAAAGACAUUGCUUGACGCCCGUCGGUUUGCAAGAAGAGAUUGAUAAAACAGUCUCCAAAUAUUCAAGAGGUCGAUCUUUCGUUAGGCCUUCUGGAACUGAAGACAUCGUGCGAGUUUAUGCAGAAUGUGAAAACUCAUCAGAUGUUGGCAAAUUAGCUACAGAAGUAGUCUCACUCGUGUACAAAUUAGCAGGUGGUGUUGGACCUGAACCCAGCCUAUCGUGAUUAAAUUCAGAAUUAUCAUAUAGUUACAUCCAUUAUAUAAAAGCCAUAAUUUGUUUGAAAUAUUCUGCUGGAUUCUAAGUUUGCGUAUUUAAACUUGGCGCAUAGAAUAUUGUAAAACGAUAUUUAAACAAAUUUCAAUACAGAUAUACUAAAGAAGUAACUGAUCACUUAAUCAUUGAAAAACUUUUCACAUUACUUUACUGUAUUAUAAUUUGUGAUCAGAAUAUGUAUUUUAUUAAAUGGAUUAUGCUGCAAUAGGAGAGGACAAGU